AUGCAAGUCUUACUCUCCUCUUCCUCCUCACAGAUGGAGCCAGUUUUCUGCUUGGAGUCCAGGAACACUUCCUGUCUGAAGACCGUCUACCCGCUGCCCGUCCGAGUCUGUCUGUACACUGUCCUCGGCGCCGCCGUGCUCGUGACGGUGUGCGGAAACAUCCUGGUCAUCGUCUCCAUCGCUUACUUCAAGCAGCUCCACACUCCAACCAACUUCCUGCUGCUGUCUCUCGCGGCGUCCGACUUCCUGCUGGGGCUGCUGGUCAUGCUGCCCAGCGUGAUUCGCAGUGUGGAGACGUGCUGGUACUUUGGAGAACUGUUCUGUAAAAUCUACAUCAGCACUGAGGUCCUGUUGUGCACGGCCUCGAUUCUCAACCUAUCCUUCAUAUCGAUCGACAGAUAUUACGCCAUCUGCCAGCCUCUGAUGUACAGCAGGAAAAUAACAGCAACCUCUGUUCUGAUCAUGAUUCUGGUCAGCUGGAGCGUUUCGGCUGCAGUCGGCUUCGGUAUGAUAUUCCUCCAGCUCAAUAUUUUGGGAAUCGAGGACUUCUACUACAACGCUGUUGCAUGUGAAGGAGCGUGUGUUCUGUUUCAGAGCCAAGCGUCCAGCACCGUCUCAUCGGUUCUCUCUUUUUAUAUCCCGGGAGUUGUGAUGCUCGGUGUUUACCUGAAGAUCUUCCUGGUGGCGUGGAGACAAGCUCGCUGCCUUCAGAGGAGGAGUUCCGACAGGUCGCAGACAAAAGCCACCAAGACUCUGGCUGUCAUCAUGGGGACGUUCCUUUCUUUCUGGACUCCUUUUUUUAUCUGCAAUGUUGUUGAUCCCUUCAUCGGAUACUCCAUUCCGCCGCUGCUGUUUGAGACUCUGGUGUGGAUUGGCUACUUGAAUUCAACCGUGAACCCUCUGGUGUACGCUUUCUUCUACAGCUGGUUCAGAAAGGCGUUUCGAGCCAUCGUUUCAGGCAGCAUCUUUACAUCUGACAUUUCAGAGAUAAAACUGUUUACAGAAUAA